AUGUCCUCCACCUCGGAAAUCCAGACCCAAGUCCUCAAAUGGCUCCAAGCCUACCACGCCUCCGGUGACUCCAUGAACCCACACACCUCCGUCCCCGAAUUCUACACCGAAGAUUGCGAAAUGAUAUUCCCGGGCAAAGAACCCAUUAAAGGUCACGCGCAGAUCAUCGCCUUCUUCGGGCAGCAGUUCCAGACACUCGCCUCGAUGAAACAUACCAUCGGGCAUGUCGACGUGGUGGAGGAUCGAAUCUACCAGGAAGCGAAUAUCGAGUACGUGCUGAAGGGGGACCCGGAGGAGAAAGUUAUAAAAGUGCAAGGGUUGGCUGUGUUCGGGAAGGGAGUGCGAGAUGAGCGGAUGAAGUUUUUCAAAGUGUUUUUGGACCCGAGUCCUAUUUUCAAGAGGGUGGGGGAGUUGCAGCAGGGGUCUGCGUGA